AUGGGCCCCCACGUUUCGCUGUGGGACCUCGAGGCAUGCCAAAUGUCUAACGAGGCGCUUCUGGACAAGGAGGUUGCCGCCAGGGUUAGGGCGAACGUCGCGGGUGAUUUCCAGUCGGAGCAGGCGAAUGGCUUCUCCAUGAAGCCUGAGGAAGGUUACUAUGACCUGGUGUCGAUUUUUAUGGUGAAGGAGGAUGACGCUGAAUGUGAGAAAAGGCGCACCUCCACAGAGAAGCACAAGUUUGUGAAAGACACGGAGAAGAAGAAGGAGAAGAGGAAGAACCUCGAGUGUCAGGUGCUCGAGGAACGACAAGCUAAACAAAGGUGUGAGGGGGAGCCUGAGGAAGAAUCACCCGAUGAAGACGAUGGUGAUGACGACGAUGACGACAACGACUCUAAGGGGAUGGUGGCUCACCUCGAUCAGACAAGGGGACUGAGGUACCUCGAGUCGAGGGGCGGACGCCAUGGCCCAUUGGGCUCCAUUCCAUCGAGGAAGAGAAGAAGAAGAAGACUGAAGAGGAGCAAAGGAGGAGGAAGGAAGAGAAGCAGAAGAAAGAAGAGGAAGAGCAGGAUCAGCGUCGUCUUGUGGAGCAGCAGUAGCGACAAGAAGCAUAGGAGUAGCAGCGGCAGCGGGAGCUGCAGGAGCAGCAGUGGCAGCAGAGGGAACAGUGGCAGCAUGAGGAAUAGCUGGAGCAGCAACGGCAGCAAGAGCUACAGGAGCCUGAACUACAGUAGCGGCGGUGGCAGCAGCAGUUAG